AUGCUCGAAUUGGAGCGCUCUGAUUCUCCCUUCAUUGUCAAGGAUUUGCAUAGGGAAUCGAACUGCUGUUCUGGCAAGGAUGAGAACGCCGCGCUGGUUCGAAUUGGACAAUUAACCCUAGACACGAUGUUCACGACAAUUCCAAACGAUGACGAAGCAAUGAACUAUUUGCAGCACGUUCACAACCAAUUCGGCGCAAUAUUUCGUAGAAAAAGCGAAUGUUCGAAUGGCAAUCACCAUCACGACCAAGUUUUGGAGGUUCUUGACGAUAUUCGAGAGAGAAUGAACCGAAUGCUUUUCCGCUAUCGACACGUCGUCUAA